UAUUUCUUUUCUUUCAAUUCCACUCUCAAUGGAACGCAACAAUUACAACUCAACUUCCUCCGCCACUCACUUACCCGUACCCGAUAUCCACAUCCUUACUUCCGGUGGCCUCCGCAUCCCUGCUCACUCCGGCGUCUUGGCAAAGGCAUCGCCGGUGCUGGAAAAUAUAAUCGAGAGGCCACGUAAGCACCGGAGCUCCGAACGAGUCAUCCCGAUUCUCGGCGUUCCAUGCGACGCUGUUUCUGCUUUUGUUGAUUACCUCUACUCUUCCAGGUGCGAGGAAGAGCAACUGGCGAAAUAUGGGAUUCAUCUGUUAGCAUUGUCGCACGUUUACUUGGUCCCAAUGCUGAAACAUAGGUGCAGCAAGGGAGUUGCUCAACGUCUGACGGCGGAGGACGCGGUGGACGUCCUCCAACUCGCCAGGCUCUGCGACGCUCCCGAUCUUCACCUCAAGUGCAUGAAACACAUUGCCGCCCAUUUCAAAUCUAUCGAACAAACCGAAGCUUGGAGUUUCAUGCAAGAUAAUGAUCCCUGGCUGGAGCUCGAGAUUCUUCAAUUCAUCGAUGAAGCUGAAACGAGAAAAAAGAGAAUGAGGCGGCACAGGAAAGAACAGAGCUUGUAUUUACAGCUAAGCGAAGCAAUGGAGUGUUUACAGCACAUAUGUACGGAAGGGUGCACAACUGUGGGGCCCUACGACUUGAAACCGGCUAAGAAACCGGGUCCCUGCAACAACUACGCGACGUGCCAUGGUGUUCAGCUGUUGGUAAAGCAUUUCGCUUUGUGCAAGAGAAGGGUUAAUGGUGGAGGGUGCUCUCGCUGCAAGCGAAUGUGGCAGCUUCUUCGACUCCAUUCCUCCAUUUGUGAUCAGCCUGAUUCUUGUAGGGUUCCACUUUGCAGGCAAUUCAAAGUGAAAGCACAACAACAGAAGAUGGGUGAUGACGCAAAGUGGAAGGUGCUUGUGAAGAAGGUUUUAUCGGCAAAAGCCAUAUCUUCUUUAGCUAUACCCAAGAGAAAGAGAGAGGAUGAGCCGAGGGAAACAAUGGGUACUCAUCAGUUCCUCAAAACCUUCAGGUUAUGUUAAAUGAGUUUUUACAAC